AUGAUUAAUCACCAAGCUAAGACUAUCACCUCCGAGCUUGUCUUGCAUGCCUUGGGUAAGAAAUUACCCGAAAACUACGCGCCAGAGGUCAGCAAGGACCUCUUGACAGAAGCAGGCUUGGAAAGCAUCCCAGCCCCUACGGGACCCAGAUCGAAAGGCGACAUAUUGGCUCUCGGCAGAAGAUUGGCCUACUACAAAAUUCUUCGAGAGUUGAGGAUGGAAGAUUGUCAGUUCGUCGGCCUUGCAAUGGUCGCACGCACAGAAACAGCUUUUGCGAAGUAUGUAGGAGAAGCCACGUGGGAUCACGUACUGCAAUGGGCAAGCUUCUUCAAGCCCAUGGCCGACUUGAUCGAGUCGAGGGCCCUUGGCGACUGGAGCGGCAGGGCAGAGCUUGCCAAGAUCUUCGGCGAAGAUGGUGCAAAUGUGCCAGCUGUUGUGGAUUGGCACAACUACAAUUCAUCCUGGAACACCAUCGACGAUCAAGAGCAGUUUCAGCACAUGCAUCCUCAAAUGGACCUCGGUCCGCUGCCACAGGCAGAGGUUCAGUUGGAGCGUGGGUUCGAAGGCAUUACCGAUGAGAACGCUGCUUGCUCUUUGUGGCCGAGAUGGGAUGAUAAUGAGCUUGUCGUCUGUGCCUCCGUGCCAAUCAAGGCACCAUCUUUCGUCGGCAUCCUUCCUGGUACCAUGAUGUUCGAUAUCGACCGCGAGCCCGCAUCGGGCAUGUACCACGGCCCCGAGCCAGGCCUCUUCAUGGAUCCCUCGAACAGAGUCGGGCUUCUGAGCCACAUACAGCGCACUCGGGACUACGCAGAAGGCAACGUGAUCUCUGCCUGGGAGCCCUACGCUGAUGAGGAUGUGCCAGACCAGAUCUGUAUGCACCUCGUCGUGUUCGCCUACCGGCCCGUGGAGCCCGCCCAACCACUUGUUCUUUGGGAGCACCUGGCUGUGGAGUAA